AUGUUAUUGCAUGAUAUGAAAAAUAGCCACGUUAAAAAUCGUUGUAAUAUUAGAUUAAAUAACUUUAACAUCUCAGAAGUAGAAAAGACUAAAUACUUAGGGAUUAUAAUCGAUGAAAAUUUGACCUUCAAGGAUAACGCGAAUGAAAUAAUAAAUAAAAUGGCCAGGAAACUAAAUGUAAUGUAUCGUCUUGGAAAUGUUAUAAGUUCGUAUUCUAAAAAUUUAAUUUACAAAACUAUUAUUGCUCCUUACAUUGAUUACUGCAGCAGCGUGAUGAUCAAUUUUUCUUUGGCUGAUAUGGAUAGAAUUCAAAAAAUCCAGAAUAGAGCCAUGAGACUGGUGUUGGGAGUUAAUAAAUACACCAGAGUAAGUGAUAUGCUUGAAACACUUGGUUGGAUGAGUGUCAAGCAAAGAAUAAUUUUUAAUACUUGUAUAUUUAUACACAAAUUGAAAUUAAAUAGAAAACCGGAAAUUUUGGUAAAUAAAAUUAUUAAAAUAGAUGAGACUCAUAACUACAACACCAGAUCAGGCUCUAAUGUAGUUAUUAAUAAAACAAAGGCUCACACUGCUGAAAAAUGUUUAACUUACAAGGGUUAUGAAUGGUAUAAUAGCCUACUUAUCAAUGUAAGAAAUGAAGAUAGAUUAAUGUAUUUUAGAAAAUCUUUAAAAGAAUAUGUUAAACAAAAAUAUUGA